GGCAGGGGAAGGGGGGGGCUGCGCAUGUGCGUGACAGCAUCGGUUGCGUCAUUAGCGAGGCGACCGUACGGGUGACGGAGGAAGGGAGUGCAGCUUUUUGGAGCGGUGGGAUUUGUCGAUUUCUCCUGUUUACGUGUGUAACCCAAAGCAAGAUUUGUGCCUAUCUCCUCUUUCUUUCAUUGCUUCUAAGAGAAGUGAGAAGAUGGUGAAUGUUCUGAAAGGCGUUUUGAUUGAAUGUGACCCAGCAAUGAAGCAGUUUCUGCUCUACUUGGAUGAGUCAAAUGCAUUGGGAAAGAAGUUCAUCAUACAAGAUCUUGAUGAAACUCAUGUCUUCGUGUUAGCCGAAUUGGUUAACUUCCUCCAGGAGAGAGUGGGAGAGUUAAUGGACCAGAACUCUUUUCCUAUUACUCAGAAGUAAAAAGACUAGAGUUUUGGAAUAGUGGAUUUCAAUAGCUAGGGUUGUUACUUUUUUAAUAGAUAUGCUGUGGUUAGUAAGUUCUAAGUGGAAGUGGCUACUCUGAAAAAAAAAAAAAUCAUUUUCUUAGACAAAAUUCUCUUGAAUUGGAUUUUUUUCUCAUUUUGAAAUAUUAUAGUAUCUGUAUUAAAAUCCUUAAAAUUGUA